AUGGGACGGGACACAAGAGGGGGCACAGACUCCAAGGGCCCUCAGAGCCUGGAGCACCCAGCACUCCCACAGCUCCCGCGCCGUCCACAGCUACUGGAUGAGGAUGGAGGGGCCAGUGAGGAAGGGGCCGCAGGGCCUGUGGAGGGCAGCAGCGGCCCUGGUUGCACUGAGCGGGGUGAGCAGACCCGGGAGGACACCCCGGCGGAUCCCCCCACUGAGGCCUCAGCAGCAUCCCCUACUCAGGCCCCUGCUGGUUCCCAGGCCAUGGGUGAGGCCGGGCAGGAGUCCAAGCUGGCACCCAGUGGGGUCUCCAACAUCGGCUUCGUGGGUGAGCCCCCGCCCUACGCCCCGCCGGACCCCAAGGCCGUGCACCUGCUCUACCCACCCUUCCCCCAGGUGCCAGUGCUGUUCCAGCCUGGGCCCUCUCCCCAGGCCCUGUACCCGCCGCCGCCCGCGGCCACACCUCUAUACUCCGCGGGACCUUCACCGCCGCCCCUCUUCUCACCCCCUGCCACCGGAGGAGGAGGUGCCUUCCCCUUCCCCAUGUACAACAGCCCCGUGGCGGGCAUGGCAGUCCCCACCGCAGUGGAGCACAGGCCCCGGCCCAAGGAUUAUAUGAUGGAAUCAGUGCUGGUGACCCUCUUCUGCUGCCUUCUUACUGGACUCAUCGCCAUUGUCUACUCCCAUGAGACCCGUGCAGCCCUCAGCAGGGGUGAUCUGGCCCAGGCUGAGGAGGCCUCACGGAAGGCUCGCUCGCUUGUGCUCUUCAGCCUGCUCUUCGGGGUCUUCGUGUCCACCAGCUGGGUCAUCUAUGUGGUGGUGGCACUCUACCUCCCCUGA